AUGGUCGUGCAAACACGUUUGAGAUCACGCUUGCACCAAACGCGCUCCAGUACACGUCCAAAUGCCCUCACCAAUUCCAAACCUUCCCGCUCACGCUUAAAAACACGCUUGCAUCAAACGCGCUCAAGCACACGUUCAAAUGCUCUCACCAAUUCCAAACCUUCCUCUCCUUCCCGCUCACGCUCUUCUCCCCACUCUCCUCCUACGAAAUCGCGCACGCGACUAACUCGUUACUCUAAGCGUCUUGCUGGUAAUUCCCAUCGUGAAGCCUCCGAUCCCACGUCAGAUGUGAUUGCAAAAUUGGUCAAGCUUCCGUCGACCGCCGAGAGGAGGAAUUUGAGGAAACGAACGGUGGACGAAUAUUUAGAGUCAAAAGCGAAUGUAAUAUCAGAUCAAGAAGAGAUGGCAUCUCCUAUAGCUGCACCAGGAGUAACUGUAGCCGUCGUGGUAGAAGUAACGACAGAACCAGCAACAGUGGAGGGAACGACAGUCGAAAAUGCAAUAGAAGAAAUAGAAACCGAGACAAAUGAAGUUGUGGAUGAAAUAAAUAAUGAAAUAUCUGAUGAAGUAAUGGAUGACGUUGCAGAUGAAGUAGCAGAUGAAAUGGUGGAUGAAAUAGCUGGCGAAAUAGCCGAUGAACCUGCAGAUGAAGGAACCAGUGGAGUAUCUGGUGGGGUAGCUGUUGAACCUGUAGAUGAAGUAGUCAGUGGUCUAUCUGAUGAAGUGGCUGAUGAAGUGGCUGAUGAGGCACCUGAUGAAGUGGCUGAUGAAAUUUCUGACACAGCAGUUAAUGAGUUAGUUGGUGAACUAGCUAAUGAAGUGACUAGUGGACUAUCUGAUGAAGUAGCUGAUGAAUUAGUUCAAGAAGCAGGUAAUGAGGUAAUUCGAGUAGCUGAUCAAGGUUUUUUCAUAGAUGAAUUAAUGGUAGGAAUAACAACACCGAGAAGCUCGCGAAGAGAAACUGUAGACACUAUAGCUGAAGCAGUAGAUUGUGAAAUUGUGGAAGAAAAUACACGUUCUUUAAGGCGCGAGAGUAGUAGUAGAAGGUUUAAGAGAGCGAGAGUUAUUUUAGAUGAUGAGGAAAACGACGAUUGGACAAUGGAGAAGAGUGGCGAGGAGGAAGGGGAUGGUGAUGAUGAGUACGAGGACGAAGAGAGGGAUGCGAUUGUAGGGGGUAAAGAAGUGAAAGAAGACGAAGAGGAUGAAGAGAUGCAAGACGUUGAAUAUGAUGAUUCCGAAAGUCAAGCUCCUGCUUCAUCUUCAACGACGCUUAUAAAGACAGUACGUUCAGUGUCUUCAUCAAUAGUAAAGAAUAGAUGGAGGCCACUUGAUGCUGCGUCGAAACGGCUUAUCAACAAGCUGUUACGAAAUGCUGUACCAGCCGUCUUGGCCCACGUAAAUGGAGCAUCACGGAGGAAGCAACUGCAGGUUGAAUUGGACAAGUUGAUUUUACAAAUAAGCAAAUCCUUGGAUACCCUGACUGUUCCAGUGGCUACAAACGCGACCAGUAGUCUCGAUUACAAGAAGCUAUCUUUGCAUCAUCAAGAUCUUGAAGCUUUACUGGUACAGGAAACAGACCAAAUAAAACAAAUGGAGAUGCAGUUGGAGAAAGAAAAGCGACUAUUAAAAGAAGAAUCGGAAUUCUUAAAGAGCUUGCAAAGUGCUAAAAAGUCGGUCGAUUCAAGAAAUCGUUCCUUGCAGAAAUCUAAGCUUCAUCCUCUACUGAAGGAGGUGGAAGAUCCGGAUGAUCUUGUUGACAUCGACAACGACUUAAUCAAAAAAUAUCUUACUCAUGUGACUACAGACGUCUCAUGGACCUCGCCACCGUCGCCCGAUUCAUUAUCCAAUCUUAAGCACUCUCUCUCUUCUCAUCUACGCUUAAUCGACGCUCACACCUCCAUCGUUGAUCCAGUCAUUGACGGUGUGUACGAAGCUGAGAGACAACUAUGGCGUGUGAUGAAUGAGGCUGGCUUAGGUGAAAAUGUUUUUGAUUUUAUUGGAGGAGGAAAGUGA